GCGUGCUGGCGGAAAAGGGGGAAGCUCGCCCUGGGCAACACGCUCGCGCGGACGGGAAGCGCUGUGUGCGUGCGUGCGCGUGUAUAAUGGCUGCCAGAAACAGCCAAAAAAGGAAACACGUGAAUUUGGGAUAAAAACUUGACAAAGAUGUUUAUUGUGCUCUGUCGAACCCGCAGAAGAGGAUGGUGAGCAGCCAAGCCAAGUACGAGCUGAUUCAAGAGGUGGGCCGAGGCAGCUACGGUGUGGUGUACGAGGCUGUGGUGCAGCGGACAGGAGUGCGUGUCGCCGUGAAGAAAAUCCGCUGCCACUCGCCUGAGAACGUGGAGCUAGCUCUUCGUGAGUUCUGGGCCCUCAGCAGCAUCCAAAGCCAGCAUCCUAACGUGAUCCACCUGAAGGAAUGCGUGCUCCAGAGAGGAGGACUGGCUCAGCGGAUGAACCACGGCUCUGGCUCCUAUUCGUACCUGGAGCUGGUAGAAACGUCCCUGAAAGGCGAGCUGGCGUUUGACGGACGCUGUACCCGCUACCUGUGGUUUGUGAUGGAUUUCUGUGAUGGCGGCGACCUGAACGCGUACCUGCUCUCGCGCAAACCGAGCCGUCGCACCAACACCAGCUUCAUGCUGCAGCUGGGCAGCGCGCUGGCAUUCCUGCACCGAAAUCGCAUCAUCCACCGGGACCUGAAACCCGACAACAUCUUGAUAUCUCAAGGUCCGGCCGAGCCCACGCUUAAGGUGGCCGACUUUGGCCUGAGCAAGGUUUGCUCAGGAUCAGGCUUGGACCCGGACGAGCCGGCGAGUGUUGAACGCUGCUUCCUGUCCACAGCGUGUGGCACUGACUUCUACAUGGCACCCGAAGCUCGGGAAGGCUGCUACACCGCCAAGGCGGACAUCUUUGCGCUGGGCGUGAUCAUCUGGGCGAUGGUGGAGCGCCUCACAUUUGUAGAAGCAGGCACACAGCGCGAGCUGCUGGGCAGCUACGUGCGUCACGGUGAGGUCAUCGUUCCGCUGGGCGAGGCGCUGCUCGAGAACCCCAACAUGGAGCUGCUGAUUCCGGCGCGGAUGAAGAGCAUGAGCGCCGGAAUGAAGCGGCUCAUCAGGGAGAUGUUAGCGGCCGACCCGAGGCAGCGGCCAGACGCCUUCGAGCUCGAGCUCAGGCUGGUCCGUAUCGCCUCCAGGGAGCUGGACUGGGACACGUGAGGAGUGUCCAGAGAAAAUGUGAAUAGAAUUUUUUAAUUUUUUUUUUUAUUCCUUUUUUUUUUCCCUCAUUUAACCAAGCAAAAUGAACAUACAGAUAAUUGCAGGUGUUAGUACUUGUCCUCUUUUGUUCACAAGCACAAGUGAGCGAUGUUUUAUGAGGUAUACUGGGCUUUUAAAUGAAUAAGCAUUUUAUAUAUGCUGUGCUUGGUGUGCAUUGCCUCCAGAGGGACGCCACUGAUAUGUGUAAGGAGGUGCAUAGAAAACCUCUUCCUCUUCAUCCAUCCAUCCAUCAAACCAAACAAUACACAUUUCCUGUCUUUUUUUUUUUCCUCUUUUCUCUUCUCCACAUACACCUAAGUAGGCAGUCCUGUAAUAUUUACUACAGUAAAUAAACGAUGGCGUAAUUGUAUGGUAAACAUACAAUAUAGACAAUGUACAUGGGCGUGAGAAGCACAUAGGAACUUUAUGCCACACUCUGGAAUACAGCUGCUGAUCCACACUUUUUUUUUGUGUGUGUGUAUUUUUAUUUGUCUUUUGUUUCUGGACUACACACAGAUGCGACUUUUUGUCCUCAAGCUAAUCAUACUGGCACCCGCACGGAGCACAGCGGUUUAAUUGGCCGUAUCGCACACUGCUUUGCAAAACAAACCCGUUGACAGGUUUUCCCCCGGUGCUUCCAGCUUUUUUUUUUGUAGGGAACAUUGAUUUCGUCCACUCCGACAGCUCUCCACAGUUUUUGGCCUGCCUCGCCUCCUGGUGCUAACGUAACCUCUGAUGCAACGCAAAUCCAAACACACUCACCUCUAUCAUGUUCAAACCCUUAAACGUAAUCUUCACUGUAUUACUUUCUCAGGAUUAUACAAUUUGUAUAUUUUAAACAUUUACUCACUUUUUGUAGUGUAUCUCAGCGUGAAUCGCAGGAAUGCCGUGGAUGGAGGUUUGCAGGCAGAAGGUGUCCGACAAAUCGUGCCAUAGAGGAACAGAAAAGCAGAGUAAGGGCGAUAAUUUCAUUUGCUUCCGGAAUAACAUUCAGAGAUCGUGCCAGCGAGGAACAUUUGCAGUGUGAGUAGUUGUUUUUCAGGGUGAAUGAUGUUCCUAGCUCUUCCAUGUAUUCAUUUUUCUUCAUUAAUUUUAUUCCAGAGCGAGAACCAACUCAAUCAUCGAAAGAUAUAUGUUUGUUUGUUUUUUUUUUUUGUCCUUUCCUCUUUAUAAUGUAUGACGUACGUUUACGUCAACCUGUUUUAUUCAAGGAAUAGAAAAGAAAGUGCGUAACAAAGAACGAAUGCAUUCAUCGAGAAUGUCGGCUGCUUUGCAUCGUACCAUUGCCAUUACUUGAAUUUGCUCACUUGAAAGUCAUUCUAAGACAGAAACGCUGCUGUUAGGCCGGAUCAAACUGACGUUCAUACGCGACAGCACUCAUCCCCUAUCUAUCGGUUCAGCACCUUGAACAGCGCAGCCUCCUCACGUGUCCCGCCUGAAUUGAAUAUUGUAUAUUUGUAAGCGUCCACCUUGCCUUCAGGGCGACAUUCGGUCAACACCAGCACCCACACUUUGAACACUGCGUGGGAAUAUAUUUAUAUAAAGCCCCGAAUGUCGCCGCGAGCAGAACCUCGAACUCUCGCUUUUCACUCGCCGUAAUCCCCUCUUGUCAGGCGAACGCUAAGCCUGUUAAAUUGCCAUCACGGAGAAAAAAAAAAAAAGGGAUUGAAAAUGCCAUUCAAGUCAGCAUCUUGUACUGAGACUAAAGAAUCCACAGACCUCACCGCAGCAAGCGCCGUCUCCCUGCUGCAAAGUUACGACUUUUUAAGUAUUAAUAUUUAAUACUCUUCGAAGCAGACAUUCAGGUUACCCUUUUUAGUGGUGUACUUACUUCAAAACCAGCAAACAUUCAGUCCCGAGAUCACGUAAAUUCCCACCCCAAAGUUGUACCAACGGUUUUGGAUCACCAGAAUACUGUUGAAGCUCUUUGCUACGUUCACAGCACAAGUGACACAAAUAUGAUUCGGUCUUCAUGUCAGGAAAAACACACACAGAAAAUAUAUAUAUUGAUUUAUACCCAGUUUACUUUAAUGUGUGUGCAUAUAAAUAAAUAUAAAUCAUUGUCAUUGGGAUUUAGGGAAUCAAGUCAAAUAAAACCCUGCCAUUAGAGUGAACGUAUAGAUAGAAGAUAUAUCUAUAGUAUAGAAAUAUCUAUAGAAGAUAUUUGACGUGGUGAUCAGUGUAAACUCUCAAGAUCUCAAAAUUGUGGAAUUGUGCAGCGAAGCUUAUAUUGUGAACGUAGCCUAAUUUGCCUUUUUUCAUCGACCAGAAUUAUGCCUUAUUUUAAUAUCCUGUUGCCUCUGUAAGCACAUUAUUUAUUCUUAUAAGACAACAAUGGCCUUGAUUUAAAACAGCUAAUUCAUUCAAAGUAUACAUACACCCACUUUAUUUGCUUUUAUGGCCCACCUUUUAAUACGAUGGCCAUUAUUUGUGUUUGAUCAGUAAUUCGUCAGUAUUAAUUAUCUCGGUCAUUACAAGUUGGACUACUAGUCCCAUAAAUGCUUAAGUAGCAGUUGUGAACAGAACUGGUAAAUAAGCCACCGUCAACCUCUAAGAGUGUUAACUAGCAGGUAAUAGGGCGUGUUUAAAAUGUUUUACAACCUGUAUUCAUGGUGGCCAACCUACAGCAAUUUGUUUAUUUUUGCUUUUCUUAAGUUCUAAUUUGGGGAAUUUUUUAUUUUUAUUUUCAUGGAUUGGACUGAUCUUUGCUGCACAUGCUCCAAGGACAUAUACACUAUGUUGCCAAAAGUUUUGGGAUGUGCACAUGAAUGUAAUAUGGAGUUGUCCCAGCCUUUGCAGCUUCAACUCUUCUGGGAAGGCUUUCCACAAGGUUUAGGAGUGUGUUCAUGGGAAUUCCUCUAGAAGCUCAUUUGUGAGGUUGUUAGACGAGAAGGUCUGGCUCACAGUCUCCGCUCAAAUUCAUCCCAAAGGUGUUCUAUCAGGUUGAGGUCAGGUGAAGUUCCUCCACACCGAACUCGCUCAUCCAUGUCUUUAUGGACUCUUGCUUUGUGCACUGGUGUGCAGUCAUGUUGGAACAGGAAGGGGUCAUCCCCAAACUGUUCCCACAAAGUUGGGAGCAUGGAAUUGUCCAAAAUGUCUUGGUAUGAAGCUGAAGCAUUAAGAGUUCCUUUCACUGGAACUAAGGGGCCGAGCCCAACCCGUGAAAAACAUCAACGGGUGUCCCAAAACUUUUGGCAAUAUAGUGUAUAUCAGCAAGGUGUUACUCAAAUCAGAUACUUCAGCAGUUUUUAAGCUGGAUAUAAGCUCCACUUUUCCCAACCGACAGCUAGAAAGAUUUUACAUCAUUCCCUUCGAUCUGGAUGGGAAGUGAUUUCUUUGUUGCCCCUUCAUUUACAUCUUCAGUUAAGUUCUUUGCACUUGUAGAUACUGUAAAUGGACGACACACACAUACACACACACAAGGUCAGAGAGAAGAUCUUGAAGUCCAGUCUAUAAACAGUGGUGUUUUUGUUUUCUUUUCUUUCUUUUUUUUUUGUUUGUAAUGAAUGAUGACAGGCAGUACUAAAUAUGUAAAUCUGUCAGAUUUAGGCUGUAGGAUGUUUUGAUUUCUUUUUUUGGUCGUCGUGAAAUAUGUACAAUGAUUGGUUACAGCCUCUGGAUGUGCGUAUGAUGUGCUUUAAAACUGUGAGCAGUUUUGAAUUCCACUUUUCUUUGGUUCCUACCAUUACGGGGAAAAAAAAAAAAAAAAAAUCUUGUACAGGGAACACAGGGAUCAUGUAUGAAAUACCAAUCAGCUACCUCUAUAGCGUUUAAAGCAGGGGUGUCAAACUGGUUUAAGGUCACAGGCCGUGUUCUGUUUAGUCGAAUGGGCCAGACAAAAAAAUAAAAAAUAAUAAAAUAAAAUCAGUUUAGUAGUGAAAAUGUGUUUGGCGUUUAUUUAUCACUUAGAUAAGAAUUUUUAAGGUUCAAAUAAUCUAAAAUGAAUAGCGUGAAUCAAUAUGCAAAUUUACAAAUCCAUUUUUUAUAUAUAUUUGGUUGCUUGGUUUCUGUCUUGAAAAUCGCUCUGUUUUUUAAGUAGACUUUCAAUCAAUUUAUGCUUUAAAUUAAAUUUAAUUAAAAUGUCGACUCUUAUCGGGCUGGUCCCAGGCUGUGGGCCGUAUAUGUUUGACACCCCUGAUCUAAAGGCUUGUGUCACUACCAAGGUUAAGCCUAAUACUGGAUUACAAACCAUUUGGUGGGCAAAUGCAUUCAUUCAUAAAGCUGCCUUUCUCGACCAACUUUAGGUGCUAACAGUGUGAGACACUGGCCCGAUAUGUCCUCCAUAUUAUGCCAAAAGCACUGGAAUAUCAGGAAAAGCACCAUCAACGCUGUGCACGAGGCGGCUCAAGCUCUCCCAGUCUGUGUUCACGUUUGUACACGAAUGUCCUCGACCACGCUAGAGAUGAAAGAAUGAAAAGGGUGGAAAGUGAAAGCAGGCCACAAUGCAAGCACUUUGGUAGUAGUUUCCCUGUUCGGGCAGAGACCUGCCUUCAUUAGUGGACCGUUUGAUAUAAAGUUCAUCUAUUAAAGAAUGAUACAGGAAUUGUUAUUUCUAGUCGAUGUACAGGAGAAGAGUCACUGUGUCCUGCUCACACAAUCACACCUCUCGUCUAAUCGUUUGCUUUGACAUCGGCAUUAAGAAGUGUAUUGAUAAACUGGUGUACUUUGUGGCUUGUUUUCUUUUUGUUCGUUUUUUUUUAAACUAACCAUUUCCUUUUGUUUGUUGUACAGUAUUUUUAUGAGAUUUGAGAUUUACAAGAGGCUGUAAAUGUGUAAUUUAUUGUCGGGCUUUAUAAAUAAAAACAAAUGGACUUGA